UGGGGAGGCGUGUCCUCAGAACCCGAGUCCCCAUUGGCUUCACUGCUUAACAGGAGGGUGGGAUGGGGCAGCCGCUCUUCUUGUUCAUUGGUCUGGCGAUUCCAUGGGGUGGGACUUGGCUAGGCCUAAAUUCGAUCCGCGGUCCGGGACCGGUUUCAGGGCUGAGCUGCCAUGCGUUCCGGGGGCCGCGGGCGGCCCCGGCUACGGCUUGGGGAACGGGGCCUCUUGGGGCCACCGUCAACGCCCAGUCGCCGCCUGCUACCACGGGCGCAGCUGUUGCCCCUGCUGCUGGCGCUGGCCGUGGCCUCCGCGUUCUACACCAUCUGGAGCGGCUGGCAUCGCGGGACUGAGGAGCUGCCAACAGGCCGGGAGCUGCGGGGCCCGUUGAUCGGAAGCCUCCCCGAAGCGCGAAUGAGGAGGGUGGUGGGGCAACUGGAUCCACAGCGUCUCUGGAACACUCAUCUGCGCCCCCUGCUGGUUGUGCGGACCCCGGGCAGCCCUGGCAAUCUCCAAGCCAGAAAGUUCCUGGAGACCACUUUGCGGGCCCUGACGGCAGGCUGGCAUGUGGAGCUGGACCCUUUCACAGCCUCAACGCCCCUGGGGCCACGGGACUUUGCCAACGUGGUGGCCACACUGGACCCAGGGGCUGCCCGUCACCUCACCCUUGCUUGCCAUUAUGACUCGAAGCUCUUCCCAUCUGGGUCGGCCCCCUUUGUGGGGGCCACGGAUUCAGCUGUGCCCUGCGCCCUGCUGCUGGAGCUGGCUCAGGCCCUUGACCAGGAGCUGAGCAAAGCCAAGGAUCAGGCAGCCCCGGUGACCCUACAGCUGCUCUUCUUGGAUGGUGAAGAGGCUCUGAAGGAGUGGGGACCCAAGGACUCUCUCUAUGGCUCCCGGCACCUGGCCAAGCUCAUGGAGUCUGCACCCCACAGUCCCGGCCCCUCCAGGAUCCAGGCUAUUGAGCUCUUUAUACUUCUCGAUCUCCUGGGAGCCCCCAAUCCGACUUUCUAUAGUCACUUUCCUCGCACGGCCCGCUGGUUCCAUCGGCUGAAGAGCAUAGAGAAGCGGCUGCACCGUUUGAACCUGCUGCAGUCUCAUCCUCAGGAAGUGAUGUACUUCCAGCCCGGGGAGCCCCUGGGCUCCGUGGAAGACGACCACAUCCCCUUCCUACGCCGAGGAGUCCCGGUGCUCCACCUCAUCUCUACGCCCUUCCCUUCCGUCUGGCACACACCCGAGGACUCCGAAGCCAACCUGCACCCACCCACGGUGCACAACCUCAGCCGCAUCCUCAUCGUGUUCCUGGCUGAAUACCUGGGGCUCUAGCCUGCCUGGCUGACUCUGAAGGAGAAGCACCCAGCGGGGGAUGUGCCAAGGGCACCUGGAGCCAGCGGAGAUGGGGCCGGGCCCGCCUUGCGUGUGCCGGCUUGUCCUUUUUUAAUACCUUUGGCUCAUCUCGUGCUAUGACUGGAAAACCCUCUUUCCUUUCGCUCUCUCAAGCCACCACUCUUCAAAGACGUGGAAGAGAACACUGUGGGGUGAGAGCCAAAGGAAUAAGAGCUCGGCCCCUGCUCUGGGGUAAACACUUGGGAUGCAAGUUUGCAGGGGCCGAAUGCUGUUCUCGGUUUUAGUCAGCAAACCACGGACUGGCAGAUGGACCGGCAACACCGCCCGACCAAAUGAAUUCUCUAUGGCUUACAUUUUUGGGUCAGUUCAUUUUCCAUAAUGGCAGCUUUGCUACUGCACCAGUCCAAGCCAUGUGAGGCCCACAGAGGAUAUGCUCAUAAACAAGAACAAAGGAGAUGGAAGCCAGUACUUGGCAACUCCAUAUUCUGCAUGGUCCUGUGGGCAAUAAACCAGUGUUUCUGCAAAAUACUUUCCACAGAACUAGCCUAAUAGGUAUUGCAUGAAAAAAAGGACCAAAGAAACAGGGUGAGACAUUAGAUGAGUUUCUUCAUUGCAUGUGAACUGUGAAGGGUAAGACAGAAUUCAGUGUUUUCCUAAAGUAUUUCACCACGGAACCCCUUUAUUAGACAGCACCUCACAGAACUAGGGUACUUCAGAAUAUACUUUGGGAAACACUGGGUUUUGAUCGUUUGCAUACAUUUGUGGACUACGACAGACCUAGAAUCACUGCAGAUUAGUUCUAGCAAACCACCCUGUCCUUUUAGCUGUGGGUACAGGAGUGUGAGAUGGUGGGCGUAACUGCAGCUCUAGUGGUGACCUGAUUUUCGCUCAAGUGGGGUGCUUAUUAAAAAGUGCAGACUCCUAGGUUUCACCCAGACCUAAUGAAUCAGAACUCCAGGCAGAGGCUGGGACUCCGUAAUGAGCACCUGAGAAGUCCCAUGAUCAGCAACGUCUGGGACAUGCUGUCCUUGAGGAUAGCUCGGUGCGUUCCCAGCUGCUUAGCAAACCUACUCCAAAGCAAGCUGUAACAUGGAGGGCACCUAGGGAGUCCUGUGCCUGCUGGCUUCGUGACUCAUAGGUGGCGGGGAUGUCAGAUGAGGAUGGAGGGUUAUUAAGUAGUAAAGUGAGCAUCGGCCUUCCGAGCCAACUCAAAGCCGGAGAAGACUCAAGAACUCAUGGACUGAAACUCAGGAUAUUUAAUGAGAGAAGAUAGAUUCUUCGACAGCAGCUGGCAUUUCCUGGGCACCUACUACGUGCCAGGUACCAUGAGCAAUUUACACAUUAUCAACGCAGUCUCCCCUAAAUCCUCAGGUAGGUAUAAAUUUUGGUUCUCGUUUCACAGAUGAGAGGGCCAGGUGUGAGAUUUAUGAAUCAGUGGUUUACAGAGCCGAUUCUCACACGUGGCUGUGCUCCUAACCUCAUGCCCCACCUCCCUUCCAAAACUCACCUGUGCUGGACCAAGAAUUUGUUGACAAAAAGCAGCUCCUCCCGAGGCUCUGAAUUAGCUGCAAUUCAAAGAAUGGGGUUGGGGAGGGGACCAUGGUGGCCUUAGAGGUGGAACUGGCAAAGUCCAGGGUUCAGAAAGGGAAAGUGAUUGACAUGUCAACAGGGUGGCAAGGUCUCAAACACGGGGAGCCUCCUGUCUGUUCAUUUUUGUGUGGCAGGCACGCUAGCAAACACUUAAAAGUGUACCACGUCCCUUCAGCCUUGCAGCCACCCAAAAGUAAUUGAGGUGUUAGCAGAAGCAGUGUCUGGCUACAUCCCGGCCUCCAUGCCUCGUUGCAAGGUGUCCUGGUUGAGUGCACAACACGCACAUUUUCUGCGUGCAUCCAGGGUCAGGAGUGUAAGCCCCAUUUUACAGAUGAGGUUUGGAAAGGUGUUCUCCCCAGCUCCCAUCCAUCUCCUAAUCUUGGGGUUCCCCAGCCUCACACGAUGAAGGGUCCACCAGGUGUUUUCGAUGAGCACUCUAGAUGUGACAUCUCAUGUGUCAAUCUUUUUAGCAACCGUCAGUAUUCUCAUUUUUCAGAUUAAGGAACAGCUUCAGAGAAAUCCGCUGAGGGUCACGUAGCCAGACACUGUCACUGCAGUGUGUCCAAGUGUAUGUUUCUUUGUAUUUAUCCUGCUUAGGACUCAUUGGGCUUAUUGAUCUUUUAUCAGCCUGGAAUUUGGAACCAUCGUCUUUAAAUUCUUUACACUAUUCUCUUUUGAGUCUAGAACGCCAAUUAAAUAUUAAACUUUCUCACUCUAUCCUCUAUAACCUUUCAUAUCUUCUUUCGUCUCUGCUACUUUUCGGACUUAUCUCUGGUUCAAUAAAUCUUUCUUCAGUUGUGUCUAAUUUGUUGUUUAGCCCAGCCACUGAGUUAUUACUCUUGAUUAUAUGUUUGUGGGUUUUUCUCUUUCAUAUAUGCUUAGGCAAUUAUUUAGUUCUGGGUUCCCGAUAUUUAGCUCUAUUUCUAGGCUUUAAUGUAUUCUAAUUUGUGACUGACAGUCUCACCAUCUGAAGCCUUCGUGGGUCUGUUUUUGCUCUGUCGUUUCUUGCUCAUGCUGAUUUACUUCCAGGCAUGUCUGGGUGUCUAUAUACUACUCUGUCCGAAAAUCAUUUCUGGGAUCCUAGAUGACAGUUCUUUGCACCAGAGGGUUUAUGUUUGUUUCAGCCAUAAAUCUCAGCUAGAAGUACCGUGGACACACAAGUGAUGUACACCUGGGCUGCAAACCAGCCAAAGGCCAGUCUGUGACCAUAAAUUCUCAAAUCUGCUUUUACCCUUUCCCUUGGUCUAGUGUUCCCCUCUCAGCGUUUAGAACAUCUCUGCAGUCUUCUGGGCCAUCCUUACCUCGGUGGGAUCCCAGCUAUUAGAUUCUCCGUCUUGGGCAGGCUUUGGCCUUGACUCCUGCCUGCUUGUCCCAAUAAGACUACAAAUAGGAAACCCAAGUUUGUCCGUAUCAGCAAAUGCCUUCAGAGCAGAAAUGGCUUCAGGGUCCCAUGUACCUUUCCCUUAACUUUUUGGCUUAGUGCGUCUUUAACUAUUUUAUUGGCUAUUUGAUGCUUUUAAGAUUCCUUCCUGUUCUCAGCAGGAGAGUCCAAAUAAUCUGGCCCUCCCUCUACGGGAAACUGAAGUCCCACAAAAUCCAGCCAAGGGUCAAACCCAGAUCUCUUUGAUUCUAAAAUGUCAGCAUUGAAUAACUACUACGAUAUAUUUUAGUUUCUCUGGAAACUUUGAUUCCCUGAUAAGGAUAUCACAGACUGUUUGCUGAUUCUCAAUAUCCAUUUUUCCCUCUUCUUUUAUACUUGAAUUUUUAUAUGUCUUAAUUCCCCCCUUUUUAUUUAGUAAAUAAUUAAGUGAAUAUUUUAAAGCUUUCGUUAUAGGAAUUUUAACAAGAGUUUUUUGUUGGGCAUAAUCACACAGCUAAAAGACCACGUUUGCCAGUCUCCUCUGCAGCCCUUCCAUAUGGCUAAGUUCUGACCAGUGAGAAGUAUACAGAAGUACAGUAAGUCCUUAACACAGUCGAUAGCUAAGGUUCUGCAAUGUUAAGCGAGAUAACGUAUAAGAAAAAGUUUUACCAUAGGCUAAUUGAUAUAAACAAGAGUUAACUUCCUACAGCAUCUCAUCAUUAUGAUGAAGUGAUGUUGAGCAAAAUGAUGCUGAGGACCUGCCUGCUGUAUGGUGCAGUGCACCUGGAAGGAAGGGGGCUUCUCUUCCUGCAACAUGGUGAUGACUGGCAUUCUCGCAGCCAUCUUGGACCAUGAGGAUGAGAGCCGCAGAUGAAGAAUGAUGGAAUAGUGAGCUAGAAAGAGCCUGGGUCCCUGAUGACAUCAGGGCCUGUCCAACACUGGAUUUCUACAGAAAUAAAAACUAUCUUGCUUAAACUA